UUGAAAGUUCAAAUUGAAAGGUUAGACACCACGAGAGUCCGUUUGGACAUAGAGAUUCCAUCUGAAGAUGUCAAUGCAGCACUGGUGGAAACUUGUGAGUCGUUACGUACCCAAGUCUCUAUUCCCGGUUUCCGGAAAGGUCGUGUCCCUGUAGCAAUCCUCAAAUCGCGAUUCCCUGAGUAUGUCAGCAGCGAAGCUGUUCGGUAUCUUGUCGCUCCUGCCUACGAAGAUGCAAUCUAUAACGAGCAGCUCAACCCACUUACACAACCCAUUUUCACACCGCCACUUGAUGAAUUGCAAGUCAAGGAAAACGAAUCUUUCACGUUCUCAGCCACUGUAGACAUUCGACCCAGUAUUAGCCUCCCGAGUUAUGAUGAACUCGUAACCGAUAAAAACCCUGUUAACGUGCCACGUGAAGAUGUUGAUGUCUAUAUUACACGGCUACAAGCGCAAUCCGCAACUUAUGAACCGCUUGAUGUUGAACGUCCGGUCCAAGAGAAAGACUGUGUUCGAAUAGAUUGGGAAUGCUUACUCGACGGAAAUCGAGUUGAUGCUGAAUCGCGGCAAGAUGUUGAUAUAGAACUCGGCGUUGGGGCUAUACACGAAAAACUUGAGCAGGCGUUACUUGGAAUGGGGAUUGGGAAUACAAAUAACGUGGAUAUUGAAUUUCCACAAGAACACAGUGUUGCUGAGCUUGCAGGCAAAUCCGCUCAAUACGAAAUAACGCUGCACGCUAUCACGCAAAAACAUCUUCCAUCCUUAGAUGACGAGUUUGCCAAAGACCUCGGGUACGAGAACUACUCUCAACUUUAUGGGUUGAUAUGGAACAAUCUUGUUGAGGAAGAGACGAGUCUACACGUUGAUAAACAGAAAGCAGAAUUGCUGGAGCAACUCAUCGAGAAAACCGAGAUUACCAUCCCAGAUCCCUUAAUUGAUCAGUAUGUACAACAGACACUUCAGAACGUCAAACAGCAACUGACAAAUGAGCAUAGAAAUCCUGAAGAUGCUGGGAUUAACAUGGAUACCCUGCCCGAUGAACUACGUCGGGAUGUCAUUCAACAAACAAAACAGUCAUGGAUUUUCGAGACUAUUGCUGAGAAGGAAGGCAUUUCCGUAUCCGACGAUGAAUUGGAACACGAGAUUCGACGCGCUGCCGAGCAACAAAACCGAGACGCUCAAAAAUAUGCUUCUCUGCUAAAGUCAAACAAUCGAUUAGAGGAUUUCCGGGGACAGUUACAACACGAAAAAAUUUAUCAGUUCCUGAUUCACCGUGCAUCCGCCAAGCAAUCGCUCAUAAUUACCUGA